CGGACAUACUCGUAAUGCAAUAUUCCAUUGCCCGUUGGCCAGUUGCCAAAAGAAAAAAAAAAAAAGUCCGUUCCCCAAAAAUUGGGAGUUGCAGCUGGGGGUUUACUAUAAACUGCUAUAUGGAAAUUGCAGUUUAUGGUAGCAGAUCAAUCUUUUGGUCCGCUUUUGACCCAUUUUUCUUUUGUUCGUCCUUGUUCUUGUUCUUGCAUCCUGCUUGCAUUUGGCCUUGUUGCUUGUCUAGCUGCUGCUCGUUUGGCCAAAGAACAAAACGUUCUGGGUUGCGGAUAAAAAAAAAGACGUUUGGUCUACUUUUCGCACGGCGAUCGGGUUCUUUCUGGCCUCCUGCUCCAGCUGAUAACGCAAGAGUUGACCUGCGUGUUCCGCUAGCUUGUGCUAGUGCUCUCGCUUUUCACUCUGGAACAUUUUCUACUGCCAGACCAUGUUGACCGCAGUUCUACGACAACAUCUGACGCGAGGCGCGCGUAACGCCGUGCGUCGACAAUACGCUAGCGUUGAGCUUUCUUCCCAAACACUGUGCUCGUCACUGUCAUCCACUCGCCACGCCUCAAUCUCUUUCUCACCUUCCUUGGGCAAAGCAAUCAUUGGCAAACAUGCCGGCUUCGCGACCAUUACGAAUGCGAGCACGCCCGUGUUCGAGCCUCUCGACACGUUCCCACGUCGACACAUUGGUCCUGACGAAAGUGAUAUUCAAAAGAUGUGCGAUAGUGUCGGAGUCAGUUCGCUGGAUGAACUGGUCCAGAAAACGGUACCUGCAUCAAUCAGCAUUCAGAACCAGACAAAGCUCGGUCCUGGUGUGCCAGAAACAGAAGUACUCGAAAGAUUAAAGCACAUUGCCUCGAAAAACAAAGUAUUCCGGUCAUAUAUUGGAAUGGGAUACACAAAUACAUUAACCCCAAAAGUCAUUCUACGCAACAUCAUGGAGAAUCCCGGAUGGUACACUCAGUACACGCCGUAUCAACCCGAAAUUUCGCAAGGCCGUCUCGAGUCACUCUUGAACUUUCAAACCAUGGUCUGUGAUUUUACAGGCCUUCCUGUGGCCAACGCUUCCCUCCUUGACGAAGGCACUGCUGCCGGUGAAGCGAUGAUGAUGUGCUUUGCUGCUGGCAAGCGCCGCAAGACAAUCUUUUUUGUGGAUCAGGCAUGUCAUCCCCAGACUAUUGCUUGUGUGAAGACAAGGGCCGAAGGUUUUGGUAUUCAAGUAGUAGUGGGAGAUUACGAAAAGUAUGAUUUUGCCGCCAACAAGGGCAAGGUCAUGGGAGUUCUCAUCCAGUACCCCACGACGGAUGGACGGGUCUUGGACUACGAAUCGUUCGUGAAGAAGGCACAUGACAAUGGUGCAAUGGUUACCUGCGCAACCGAUCUCUUGGCGCUUGCAUUACUCAAGCCACCGGGUGAAUUCGGCGCAGAUAUUGCGUUUGGUAAUUCUCAAAGAUUUGGAGUGCCGUUGGGAUAUGGUGGCCCACAUGCGGCCUUCUUCGCCGUAAAGGAAGAACUCAAACGCAACAUGCCAGGCCGGCUUAUCGGUGUCUCAAAGGAUGUCAAUGGCAACCCAGCUUACCGUCUGGCAUUGCAGACUCGUGAGCAGCACAUUCGACGUGAGAAGGCGACAAGUAACAUUUGCACUGCUCAGGCUCUUUUGGCCAAUAUGGCCGCCAUGUAUGCUGUCUAUCACGGUCCUGAAGGUAUCAAGCAGAUCGCUCAGCGUAUCCAUAACUUGACCGCUGUGUUCGCUGAAGGGGUCAAGAAGCUGGGCCACACUGUCAAGACGGACAACUUUUUUGACACUGUUACAGUUGAACUGAAAUACGAUGCUGAGGAAUUGGUGCUCGCGGCUGCGGAGGCCGGUAUUAAUGUUCGCCAGGUCGAUGCUCGUAGCAUUGCGGUUACCUUGGAUGAGAGUGUCUCUAAAGAGGAUCUUUAUGACCUAUUGAGAGUAUUUGCGACGGCAUCCUUUGAAGAGAGCUACCGAGCGGGGUCUCGAAAGCAGUACUUUGUCCCAAUGCCAAUUCUUGAUAGCAUUGCUCAAGAGCUCGGCAUCACCACGGCCACUCCCGCACAAAACUUUCCAGCGAAUCUCACCCGCACGUCCGCCUACCUCACUCACCCCGUGUUUAACUCGUACCAUUCUGAAACCGAAAUGCUCCGGUAUAUUUCCCACUUGCAAAGCAAGGAUCUGUCUUUGGCAGAAGCCAUGAUCCCUCUUGGCUCUUGCACCAUGAAGUUGAAUGCCACGACCGAGAUGAUCCCUGUUACAUGGCCCGAGUUUGCAAACAUCCACCCCUUUGUUCCGCUCGAUCAAGCAAGUGGAUACAGAAUCAUGCUUCAAGAAUUGGAGUAUGCUUUGAGUGAAGUGACUGGAUUUGAUCAGAUCUCUCUGCAGCCAAACAGUGGUGCACAAGGGGAAUAUACCGGUCUUCGUGUCAUCAAGGCAUACCUUCAAUCGCAAGGACAGCAGAAUCGCGAUGUUUGCUUGAUCCCUGUAUCCGCACACGGAACCAACCCAGCCUCGGCUGCCAUGGCUGGCUUCCAAGUCGUGACUGUAAAGUGUGAAGAAAACGGAAACUUGGAUCUGGUUGAUCUUCGUGCCAAGGCUGAAAAGCACAAGGACCGCUUGGCAGCGACCAUGAUUACCUAUCCUUCGACUUACGGUGUGUUUGAGGAAACUAUCAAGGAAGCUUGCCGCAUUGUACACGAGUUUGGUGGACAGGUCUACAUGGAUGGAGCAAAUCUUAAUGCACAGCUCGGACUAUGCAAGCCCGCAGAGAUUGGUGCUGACGUGUGCCAUUUGAACCUCCACAAAACGUUCUGUAUUCCCCACGGCGGUGGCGGACCUGGUAUGGGUCCCAUUGGAGUCAAAUCCCACCUUGCACCAUUCCUUCCAGGGCACCCCGUCGUCAAGACGAGCGGAGAGUUGGCCAUUGGGCCAGUGUCUGCCGCACCUUGGGGGUCCGCUAGCAUCCUGCCAAUCUCGUGGGCAUACCUAAAGAUGAUGGGCGACGAGGGUGUCAAGCAGGCCACAAAAGUUGCAUUGCUGAAUGCCAACUACAUGCUCAAGCGGCUAGAGAAACACUACAAGGUUCUCUACACAAACGACAAUGGUCUCUGCGCCCACGAGUUCAUCAUCGAUUGCAGACCUUUUGAUGGUUCAGCUCACAUUCAAGCCAUCGACAUUGCAAAGCGUUUGCACGAUUACGGAUUCCACAGCCCCACCAUGUCAUUUCCUGUGGCCAACACUCUCAUGAUUGAACCCACCGAGUCCGAGUCUAAAGCAGAACUCGACCGUUUCUGUGAUGCCAUGAUCCAGAUCCGCCAGGAAAUCCGCGCCGUUGAGGAAGGGCGUCAACCUCGCGACAACAAUGUAUUGACCAAUGCACCACAUCCUGUCGAGCAUUUGUUGACCGAAAAAUGGGACCGUCCUUAUUCUCGCGAAGAAGCUGCAUAUCCCAUGCCUGGGUUGCGCAAGAAAAAGUUUUGGCCUAGUGUCGGACGGGUGGAUGACACACACGGAGACAGAAAUUUGAUCUGUUCAUGUCCACCCAUUGAGGCUUAUGAACAAUCAGCUGAAGCUGGAAUCUAAACUGUUAUUUAUUACCUGACAUGUUAUUGUGUGUGUUUUUCAAACGCUUUUUUUUAGAAUAGUGAUGAUAUUUACAAGGGGUUAUCUUUGUGGUCUAAAAGAUGGGGAGUGCAGGAACUAGUUGCUAUCCUAAACCUACACAUUCGCAUUUUGGCUAGUCACGAGGGUAUACUUAACAAACGAGGAAAAGCUCCCAACAAGACACGGUUAUCAACGCUCGUCCUCCAGCCAGUCGGUGAUUUUUUCCAUUUCCUUUUCCUGCGCCCUUACCACCAUCUUUUUAUCAUGUUCAUCCUUGCGGUGCUUUAACGCGCCCGCUGUGGCAGAUACUGCAUGAGUGGCCACGUCUUCGGCCAAGGACAGAAUUUCUGCUGCAGAGCCCAGCGACGCUGGGUCGUGUUCGUGAUGGUGGUGCGGAGUUUGGGGCGUGUGGACGGGAUGCGACGAUGCCAUGGUCAGAAAGUGCUUGUCGUUGUGUGUGUUCUGAAUGCUGUUUAACCAGAUUGCCUGAUGCGUGAAUGCUUUACAAUUUCCUUCAUUGUAAAAUCCAAUAACACAUUAUAUAAUGCACACCCAA